AUGGAUGGCAGAGAUCCCAACUCGCCAAGUUUACCGGAACCAUGCUUAUUGGAUGAAGAGGGGACCGAUCCCGGAGGUAUUGCAAGACGGAAGGCCAAAUCCCUUACUCGUGUGGGAGAUCGCUCAAAUUCGGCGGCACCGAUCCGCCGACAACCGCACCCAUUUGCUUUACACGCACUUGGUUUCCGAGCGAACUUUGGUCGUCCAAACCGACUGCCUGAAUGGCCUCCGCCAGAUCCACCUCCUUUGACUCCGCUUAAUCCUGGGGGUGAGCGCAAUCUGACAGUAGGGAAUACGACACAGCUUGGGCCUCCACGACCUUGGUGGCGUCGAACAGUUCCAACACGCCCGAUCGGCCCAAUUAUACACGUGACAAUUGACACUGUUGAGGCGAUUAAUGCGAUUCCUGUUCGCUCCGUCGAUCGACCUGCACAAAUCGCUUGGACCAGCACGAGCGAGGAACAAGAGGUGGAACCACAGGUUGACAACCAUGCCCCCACGCCACUACUUGCUUCAUGGAAUGAGGUUGAGAGUGAGGCUGAUGGAGAUAGGAAUGCCGUUGUCAUAGCAACUGCAUCUGGUCCGAUAGAAUCCGCGGACACGAUGUUACAUCAUGCGAAUCGGACGGUACUUCAAAUAAAUCAGGACUUGCCGGGCACACAUUCAGAAGAGAACACUGUACAGACUCAGGACCCCGGUUACGAACAACCCGAGACAUUGUCCAUCGGAGUCGUUCCUACUGAGGACGUUGCCAUCUAUUCUCCCAACUCGGAGGAAAUACAGGAAGAAAGUACAUUUCAAAUAUUUUUUGUCGUUCUGGACUCAAACCCAACAAUUCACACAGAACUCGGGGCAAACGAUGAGGACAUAGUGAUGAGUCCGGCCAUGAUGAAUCAGAUUAUGCAACAUUUACAGUCAAAUUAUGGAGCCGAUUUGAGCGAACCUCACAGCGAUCGGGAAACGUCAAACGAGUUAUGA